UGUUACACCUUCCUGAGGAAAAUUCAGUUGCACUGGGCAAAGUGAGGCGAAUCAAGGCAUGAGCAAGGAGGUGCCUUUUGGAGAGAGAAAGGGGCAGAGUGAGAGACAGACAGAGAGCAGCAGAGAGAGUUAGUUUCCCUUUAGGCAUCUGAACAAGUCUGGACUGUUCUGUGCUCUCAGUCCAGGCGAAGCAAAGCUGCAGGUAACCAGAAACUCGCCUCACAGACCCGAUCGUCCGCUGCAGGGAUGCAGUAACUCUCAAGCCUUGAUCUACACUGGAGAUGUCUGCUGCGGUUUGAAGCUGUGACACACUGGGACCGUGUGGCUGAGAGACUAACCCCUGGGUGGAGGACCAGCGCUGGACAUGCCACAGGUGGACAGAAGCAGAACAGCAGACUGAGGACCGGUGUUCGUGCUUCAGACCCUGAGGUUGCGAAGAUGGGUUCCUUGAAAUACACCGUUAUCUUUCUACUGUGUUCCAUGGAAUGGAGCGAAGCGCAGGGCAGGUGUACCAAUGUGCAGGCAGCAGACAUCAUUUUCCUGGUGGACGGGUCUUCCAGCAUUGGAAAAUCAAACUUCAUGCAGGUCAAACGCUUCAUGGCUGGAAUCGUGAAACAAUUCGGAAACUUAGUUAGUGAGUCGGGAAUACGGUUUGCCGUCAUACAGUACAGCGACACCUCCAGGGUGGAGUUCACUUUCAACACCUAUGAGCAGAGCAGCCAGGUGGUCACGGCGCUGCAGAAUCUGAACUACAAAGGUGGAAACACACGCACUGGCGCAGGUCUAAAAUUUGUCAGGGACAAUUUCUUCAAUCCUUCAUCCAGUCGAAAUGUACCCAAGAUCACCAUCCUGAUAACAGACGGCAAGUCGCAGGACAGCGUGCGAGAGCCUGCAGAGAAGCUGCGCAGCCAGGGAGUCUACGUGUUUGCAGUUGGCAUAAAGAGCGCGGACCGGAGCGAACUGAAAGAGAUCUCCUCCCAACCCAGCAGUGACUACACGUUCUUCAUCGGAGAAUUCAAACUGAUGAACACGCUUCUUCCACUUGUCAGUCCUCACCUGUGCACCAAAGUGGGCGGCGUCUACGCUAGUGAUGAGGCAUACUCUGGUGUCUCAAACCUUCAGUUCACCAGCCAGACAUCUGAGUCGCUGCGCUUUCGUUGGGAACCUGCGGUGGGUCCAGUCAGCAGCUAUGUGGUCAAGUACGUGCCCCUCUCUGGUUUGGGCCAACCCAUCACCGCUGAGCUGCGGCAAGAGACUGUAGCUGCCACUCAGAGGGCGUUCACUGCUCGACAGCUGAGGUCAGGAACUGACUACCUGGUGACCGUCAUUCCCCAGUAUCCCAACAGUGAGGGGGAGGCCGUCUCAGCCAAGCAAGCAACUCGAACACAGCCAUCCUUUUCAACUCUCCGUCUCGUCCAGGCGGGCUACUUCUCUCUCACUGUGGGAUGGGAGCGUCCUUCCUCUCCUCUCCAGGGAUACAGACUUACUUAUGGACUUCUUGGUCAGCCAGCGUCCCUGCUGCUGGAGCAGUCUUUGGCUGCUGACUCCACAUCAUUCACCAUGGAAUCGCUUGAGCCUGACACAGAGUAUGUCAUCAGCCUUUACCCUCUGUAUCUGGGAAACUUGGCCUCCACAGACUCCGCCUCCUCAUCCGUCCUGAACGCCCGGACAUUGCGCCUGGAGGCCAUACAGCAGUUAUCAGUGGAAAGCGAGUCAGAGGGCAGAGUUGGCGUGCGAUGGAGAGGCGUCAGUGGGGCUCAGGCAUAUCGUCUUGUCUGGGGACCGUUUCAAGGUCAAGAUGUGGACACAGCAGAAGUCCCUGGGGACCAGGAGUAUUACUUCUUAUCGGCACUGAAGUCAAACACAGAGUACCUCCUCACAGUCAUACCACUAUAUGAAGGCAACAUAGAGGGCCCCGUCGUCACCAAGAGGUUCAAGCUAGAGCGCCAGGAGCAGCAGGUCCUCAGAGAAGUUGGUACAACGCCCACGACUGUGCGCCUCACUUGGAAUAUCAUCAGGUCCUCGCAAGGCUACCGUUUGGAAUGGAGACAAGCAGACGGAGGACCGGUGCAGGCUCUUUCCUUCCCGACAAACACGAGCAACCACGAGCUAACGGGUCUCAAGCCAGGGACACUGUACGACAUCACGCUGUACACCUUAUACGAAGGUCGCGAGGAAGCGACACCAGUUUCCACCAUUCCGAAAGAAUCCCAACCCAUCGGGAGCGUCUCAAACCUGAGAGUAGUGGAGACGUUGGGCAGCACCGUCAGACUGGGUUGGACCGGGGUCGCAGGUGCAACACAGUACCGCAUCACUAUCCUGAACAGGGAAGCUGGCCCGGAGCAGGUACAGGUGACUUCUGGUAACCAGACCACCUUUGAUCUGAGAGACUUGAUCGCAGGCGUGUCCUACGCUGUGAGUGUUACUGCACGGGUGGGAAACAGCGAGGGAGACCCAGUCACUGUCUACAUCACACCAGAGCAAACUGUUGGUAAAGUGACAAACCUCCGAGUUAUAAACGUAAACAGUCGGAGGCUUCGAAUAGCCUGGGCCAGAGUACCUGGAGCGACAGGCUACAAGGUGAUAUGGAGACAAGGCACUAAUGCAGAGCAGUCCAGACUUUUGGGGGCGGAGACCGUUUACUACACCAUUGAUGGCUUGCAACCAGAUGAGGAACUGGUUAUUGGGGUGGCAGCGGUGAUUGACCAACGCACUGGGGAGGCCGCAACACUGUCCUCCCGGACUAACCCCCACGGUGCAUCGGUGUCAGGCCUCCGUGUUGUUGACACAACAUCCCAAAGAGUGCGCAUCGCCUGGACGGCCUCUUCAAGGGCAACUGGCUAUAAGAUUAUCUGGCGCAGCGAUGACGGUGUGGAAACGGUUCGGAACGUUCCUGCUGAUGUGUCUUCUUAUACCAUCGAUGGACUUCAGGCAGAUUCCGCUUACAACCUUUACGUGUCUUCUCUGAUUGGCUCACGAGAGGGAAGCCCUGCCACUCUGAAGAUCAGAACAGAAUCAGACGGAGGUGGUGUUGACACAGUGACGUCAUUGCAAAUCCAAGAAUCCAGAGGAGAGGCGGUCCGGGUCACGUGGAUUGGCGUGCAGGGAGCAACAGCUUAUCGUGUGACUUGGAGGAGAACUGACGGUGGUGUUGAAAGGACACGGCUGGUGGGAAGAGAUGUAACGGCAGUGGAUUUAGACGGCCUUGACCCUGGAGCUCAAUAUGAGGUGAAGGUCACAGCCAUCGUUCAGAACCGCCAAGGAGCACCAGUGUCAGUCAGAGUGUCCACACCGGCUGUUACCACCCCCUCCACAAGGACGUUAAAGGUCUAUGACAUGAGUGAAAACUCUGUUCGUCUGGUCUGGACCCCAACACCUGGCGCCUCAGGAUACAUCGUACACUGGAGAGAUGUGACAGACCCAGGUGGUGGGAUUACAUAUACGCUCCCACCGUCAUCCAGCUCAUAUCUGGUCAGCGGACUUCGCCUUGGCCGCCGUUACCAAUUUACAGUCCAAACAGUCUUUGAAAAUGGACCAGGAACUGAAGACAGUGUCUAUGAGCGCACAGUGUGUGUGGGUGGUCGACUUGACGUGGUGUUCCUGGUGCCGGCAUCAACGGAUCGAUACAACCUUGCACAGCCGCUACAAGCUCUACUCACAAGUGCAGCCGGAUCUUUUGAGUCUAUUCAAGCCACCGGCUCACAGAUGGGAGCUGUGGUGUAUGGUUACAGACCCAAAGUAUGGUUCCAGCUGAAUCGACAUGACAUAUAUGAGGCGUUGCUUCAAGAGGUCCUGGUGCCACCCUUUGAUGAGAUCCCUGGCAACAACAUAGGCGAGGCGGUAACAUUCGCCCGGCAGUACCUUCUGAACUCAGCUGGACGGAGGCUGGGGGUCCCUGGUGUUGUGGUCAUCAUUGCAGACAGACGAUCUGCUGACAAUCUCACAGAAGCCGCGAGGAUUCUCAAAGCAACCGGUGUGACAGUAUUGGCCGUCGGCAUAGAGCAGGCAGAUACUGAAGAGCUUCGAAAAGCUGUGACCGACAACAAUCCACAGAACAUUCUGUUCAUCCGUGAUGCCGCACAGCUGGACUCACUGCACUCUGACCUGGCAGGCUUGCUUUGUGGCAUUGGCAGAUCAUCAGUGGUCGGUCCAGGUGGACCAGGACAGUGCACUGUUCAGUGUCCUCAGGGGGAGAGAGGAGAACGUGGUGUCCCGGGCGAACGAGGCAGGGACGGGUUGCCUGGACACAAGGGAGAGCCUGGUCGGGAUGGUUUACCAGGAAGGGAGGGCCCAAGAGGUCCUGAAGGACGUCCCGGUCCUCCAGGCUUAUCGAUCCCUAUCGACCCUUCACAGGCAGUCAAGGGUUCAAAGGGAGAACGGGGCUUUCCCGGCAUUGAUGGGAAUCCUGGGUUGCCGGGGCGGCCAGGGUCUCCUGGAGGUACAGGCGUUCCGGGAUCACAGGGUGUGCCGGGCAUCAGAGGAGACCCAGGGGAAUCGGGUGUUUCAGGGGCGCCAGGACUGAAGGGUGACAAAGGAGAGCGAGGCGAGCCAGGUUCCUCUGUAAUGGGAGGAGGUCUUCCAGGGAGGAAGGGUGAACCAGGAUUUGCAGGCAUACCGGGAAAUCCCGGUCGGCCCGGAAGCGAUGGAGCAAAAGGCAGCCAAGGACUCGCCGGUCUUCCUGGUUCUGAUGGCCGUCCAGGUAUCCCAGGGACACCAGGACUUUCUAUUAAGGGAGACAAGGGCAGCCAGGGAGAGCGGGGACCUCCAGGAUUUGGCACCGGGGUAGCAGCUAAGGGCGAGAGGGGCUCCCCAGGGCUUCCAGGACCACCCGGCGCUCAAGGUCGCGAUGGGUCGCCAGGAUCUCCGGGAGCCAAAGGAGAAAGAGGAGAAGGUGCUGAUGGACCUCCUGGGCCACCAGGGAGCCAGGGAGAACCUGGCGACAGGGGUGCCCGUGGGCCUCCAGGACAGCCUGGUACCAAGGGUGACCGAGGACAGUCAGGAGAGCCAGGAUCCCAGGGAGACACCGGAUCUCAAGGACCAGCUGGUGAAAGAGGAGAAAGGGGGGAAACUGGGAAACCUGGACCACCUGGAUCACCUGGCUCCAGAGGUUUGCCAGGAGCCAGCGGGGCACCUGGGGAGAAGGGGAAUGAAGGUGAUCGAGGGGAACCAGGCAGAAGUGCCCCAGGCUUUCCAGGGAAGAAAGGGGAGCAGGGUGACGCGGGCCGGCCUGGACUUGAAGGCCCACGUGGUCAGAAGGGGGAGCCAGGAAUAAGAGGAGAGAAAGGUUCACCAGCAUUCGGAGGGUCUGGUUCACCGGGACCUAAAGGGGAUCCAGGUGACAGAGGGGCUCCAGGUAUCAGUGGAAAGCCUGGCACAAAGGGAGACACCGGAGAGUCGGGCGAGAGAGGGGAGGAUGGUCGGCCUGGGCUGCCUGGGAAGAUGGGUCUGCCUGGGAAACAGGGAGAAAGCGGGGAGAAAGGUGAUGACGGUGCCCCUGGGGAGCCAGGAACUCCAGGGAAGCAAGGUGAAAGAGGACACAGGGGACUUCCAGGUCAACCGGGACGAGCGGGAGAGAAAGGAGACCUGGGAGAUCCAGGAGAGCAUGGCAGAAACGGCAACCCUGGACCCGCCGGACCGAGAGGAGAGCCAGGAGAGCAGGGUCCCCAAGGGCCCUCCGGACCACCUGGAAAAGUGACUGACGCACAAGGGCAAUUGAAAGGAGAUAGAGGAGAUAAGGGUGAUGCAGGCGACCCAGGAGCAAUUGGCAGCAGAGGUCUGAAAGGCGACGCAGGGACUCCUGGCACCCCUGGCUCACGAGGUCCAGAGGGACAGCGUGGGCCGCCAGGCGCAAGAGGUGACAGUGGAGAGAGAGGAUCCCCUGGAGAGAAGGGAGACAGAGGCAUUCCUGGAGUAGACGGGCGCCCUGGCACGGAUGGAAAACCAGGGCCUCCAGGAGCAGCAGGCCUCAGGGGGGAUCCUGGGAAACAAGGAGAUCCAGGAAGAGAUGGUCUGGCAGGAUUAAGAGGACCGCAGGGUCCACCUGGUGCCAUUGGACCACCCGGUGCCGCAGGGACGCCUGGCAGAGCAGGUGAAGAUGGUAAACCCGGAACACCUGGUAAAAUGGGGGAGGAAGGUGUGCCAGGGGAAGAUGGGAGGAAGGGUGACAGAGGAGAGGGUGGACCCCCUGGAAAAGAUGGCCGUGAGGGUCAAAAGGGAGACCAGGGUGUUGAUGGGCCGCGAGGGCCGACUGGUCCUCCAGGUCAGCCGGGAGUACCUGGCAACAUCGGUCCACCUGGCCAGGUUGUGUAUGUGAAAGGAGUUGAACUGCCACCAAUUCCAGGUCCACCAGGUACACCAGGAAUUCCUGGUAAUCCAGGGGUUCCUGGACCAAGAGGACCAAAUGGAGAAAGAGGUUCGCCGGGACUCAAGGGCGACACGGGAGAGCCAGGGAGCAAUGGCAAGCCGUGCCCACCAGUGUCUCAAGAAGAUAUAAGGCGGGCAAUAGAAAAAUUCAAUAUCGACCAACCAAAGGAUCCACUAAGAGAACCUAAGCCUGGGCAAGACUUCGGGAAAGGUGGGAGCUUCCCAUCAGGAUUGUUCCCUAAGGGAAGCAAAGGAGAACCUGGGUUCAAUGGAAUCCCUGGUCAAGAUGGUGCCCGUGGUCCUGCAGGGGAGAAAGGCGCGAAGGGGGACCAAGGAGAUAAAGGUUCUGCAGGAACACCGGGGCCUCCGGGAAGAGCUACUGUGGAGCAGGGAUCUGAGGGACCACCUGGGCCUCCUGGAGGUCCAGGAAAAGCUGGAAGACCUGGCGUACCUGGAAGACCAGGGGAAACCGGCGAGGCAGGGAACCCAGGAGAACAGGGUGAGAGAGGAGAAAAGGGAGACAGGGGACAAGAUGGUAAACCAGGACCUAAGGGAUCAGCUGGUUCACCCGGUGAAAAGGGUGAGUGUAUUGAACGGGACCUGACGGUGACACCCGGUGUCAGAGGUCCACCUGGACUUUCAGGACAAAAGGGUGAAGCAGGUUUUCCUGGACCAGCGGGCUCUAAAGGAGACCAGGGCUUCACUGGACCUCGAGGUCCCAAAGGAGAGCGGGGAGAAGCUGGAGAGAAAGGACGUGAUGGGUCACCGGGAGUAUCUGGGGAGCCUGGCAAACAAGGACCAGACGGGAAGCAGGGCCAGCCUGGGUUCCCCGGAGUGCUCGGCAGACCGGGAAAUACUGGCGAUCCUGGCACCAGAGGGCCAACUGGUCCCAUGGGUCCCACUGGUCUUCCUGGUCCAGCAGGGGUGAAGGGGAAUCAAGGAGAGCCAGGGAUUGGUAUUCAGGGUCUUCCUGGUGCCCAAGGAAGCACCGGUUUACCCGGACCACCAGGUCCCCCGGGGGCAGUAGGUCCACAGGGACCUCCAGGACUUCCAGGGCAAGUGGGUGAAGCAGGUAAACCUGGGGUGCCUGGCAGAGAUGGGAUUCCCGGCAAAGAAGGAACACCUGGAUUACCAGGGAAGCAGGGUAUUGUUGGACCUCCAGGCCAGCUGGGUUUAAAGGGUGAACAGGGAGACAGCGGUCCUCCGGGGAAGUCUGUAGCUGGACCACCUGGACCCAGAGGAGAAAAGGGACUUCCAGGUCCAACUCUGCCAGGCACAGCAGGAGAACAAGGGCUUCCUGGAGAGAAGGGCUCCAGGGGAGAUAAAGGUGCUUCAGGCGGAAAAGGAGAGCGUGGCGCACCUGGUCAAGACGGCCGGCCAGGAGAGAGCGGGGAGCAGGGACCUGCCGGGCCCAAAGGUGAUAAGGGGGAUAAAGGCAUUGGAAUAGCUGGACCUCCAGGUCGGGAGGGACCUGCGGGUCUGAAGGGAGAUCCAGGUCUUCCUGGACCAUCUGGUCCUCCAGGACCUCAAGGAAAACCAGGUACCAUUGGCCCUCCGGGAAUAAGAGGUGAAAAUGGGCAACCAGGACCACCUGGACUUAUAGGACAGAAGGGUCCACCGGGCUUUGCAGGGCAAAUAGGCACUCCGGGACCUCCCGGUCCUCCAGGUCCACAGGGUCCAAUUGGCUCCCCCGGUGUGAAUGGGAUCAGAGGCGACAAGGGUGAAGUUGGUGUUGGCGUCCCUGGUGCCCGAGGAGAGAGAGGAGAGCCAGGCAUCAGGGGUGAGGAGGGUCGUCCCGGCCUGGAUGGGGAAAGAGGGCCGACAGGCCCUCCAGGUGCUCGCGGGACGCGAGGAGAAAAGGGAGACGCCGGGCUGCAAGGGGACAAAGGAGACAAGGGGGAUACAGUUUUGGUGGGAGGACCUCCUGGAGAAAAGGGCAACAAAGGAGAACAGGGUGAUCGGGGUCCAAAAGGUAUUCAGGGAGAAAAGGGGGUGAAAGGUCAAGAGGGCCCACCAGGAGAGCAGGGUCUGAGAGGGGAGCCAGGUGAAAAUGGCUCCACUGGAUUCCCUGGUGCCCGCGGCCCUGGAGGACAGAAGGGAGAAGCAGGUCAGCCUGGCGUUCCCGGUGAAUCGGGUUUAGCAGGAAGAGAAGGGCUGCCAGGGCACAAAGGGGAUAAGGGCGAGAUCGGCGUCGUGGGAAUGAGAGGCAUCAAGGGUGACCGAGGACCCAAGGGAGCAUGUGGAAGCGAUGGACCUAGAGGAGAAAAGGGUGAUGCUGGCACCAAUGGACGCUCCGGACUUCCAGGGCGGAAAGGGGAACAGGGAGAAAACGGGCCACCUGGAGUGAUAGGGAGUCCUGGAAAGGAGGGUCUGAUGGGCCCAAAGGGAGAGCGUGGCUUGGACGGCAUCGCAGGACCAAAGGGAGCUCAGGGAGAGAAAGGUGAACGGGGCCAGUCUGGGUUACCGGGUCCACCAGGGCCACGGGGAGCGGACGGACCGCCUGGACUCACAGGCCCUCAGGGACCAAUUGGCGCUAAAGGCCCAGAGGGGCUCCAGGGACAGAAGGGAGAGAGAGGCCCAAUCGGGCCAGCGGUGAUCGGCCCACGUGGCGUCCCAGGAAUCCCAGGAGAGCGAGGAGAACAGGGAGAAUUGGGUCCAGAUGGAGCCAAAGGAGACAGAGGAGAGCCAGGCAUGACGGAGGAGGAGAUCAGAGAAUACGUUCGCACGGAGAUGAAUCAGCACUGCGCAUGUGGAGGUGAGUGAACCGUUCAGCUGCAGCGGAAGAGACGUGGUUUGACAGACUGCCUGUGAACUAGCAUGAGUCAUGGCAGAUCUGAUGCCAUGGAUGCAGCCCCGGUCGUAAGAGAAGUCUGCCUCAUGUCGAUCAUGUGAACGCCCUGAGAUUAUGACCCCUAGUUAAGAGCACCAAGCGUCUAUCACAGGAGUGUCCUCACUGCUCUUCAAGUGGUCGGGGUGGUGCAGAUUUUUGGUUCCAACCAAACAACUGACUACAGUCUUCAGACACCUGGUAGGUCAAGCAAUGUGUGCUGGCUUGGAGGAGCAGUGUGGCCACCCCUGAUCCAUUGUUGCAAUUGGAUUAAAUAUUCUAAAUAUAACUUUGAGUAUCACUUCAUUUGACAGUUUUAGACAUAAAAUGCUAUUGGAUCAGAAUCAAGCUCUACUUAUUUGAGUGGCAGAAAUGCACAGAAAAAGACAGCAAUAUUAGUGUUGCAAUUAAAAGAUAAGCUAAAAUGAGUUCUCUUCUCUUCAGUGACGUCAAUAUAGUUGUAUCAGUCACACAGCUUGUCAUGAAUUAGCUUGUAUUUUUGUGAAUACACUCAUAACGCUUGCCCUAGUGACCUCAGAAGGAUGGUUCGCUGUAAAGUGAGUAAGCACAAAACGCAGACACCAAGGAAGACGUUCUUUCCAGGUGUGUUUCUUAAGACAUGGUGCUGGACAGAACUCCUCACACAGCCAUGUUGAAUGCAUAACCCAUAUAGGAAUUACGUUGGCUGUUUGCAUAACAAUCAUUUCUUUCUUAUAUUACGUUGCUUCUGACACAAUUCAUCUACAGUUCAUCUCAUAGAUGGAGCGCAGUGAAGAUCAGUUCAUAUAAUUUCCUCCUGUACUCAUCAGUAGAAUGUUGUUAUAUUAGUUUUAAUAGUUUUAUAUUGAUUUUUUGUUGCACUCGUUAUUGCUCUUGAAUCUAAAUACUGAGUUUCCAGUCCAUAUGACAAAGCUGGCGCUUGUCCAUUUCUGUUGUGAAUUAAGGAACUAAAUGUGUGAUGUAUUAUUUCAUCACCUGAGUUUGGUGCAAAAAAAAUAAAAAAUAAAAAUAAUAAUCUACUAAACCAAAGCACCAGAAACAUGACAGAAAGAGACGAUCUCCAGCUCACACUGUUCCAGAUGUUUGGUACUUAACAGGUACAUCAGGUUGAACUUUUUAUUUGGUUGAUUUCUUAUCAGCCCAUAUUGUAUCACAAUAUCAUUUCAUCCACUUCUAAUAUUCUAAUCUCAGGAAGACCUGCUUCACAUUCUGUGUGGAAGAUUCUCAGUCAUUACUUUACUCACUCGUCAGUGAGUCAUGACAGCAACUGUGAGGCAUGGACUUGUGGUGCACGCUCACUGAAGAAUGUUGGCUUGGUAACAUUCACUUCAGACAUCCAACCACCUUCUUUCUCUCGUGGCAUGGAAGGAUUGCCAUCCGUUUUUGUGAGAUUCUGCUGCCGGUCAACAGAUUCAACUAGUUCCAGGAAUCACACCAAAACAAUCUGCCUGCACCCACAUCCAUCUGUGAGCUGAACAUGUUCACAUCAACUCUUUGGGGAUGUGUUGGUGUUGAUCAAAUUGUUGACCAGUCUUGCAAACGGGUGGCGAAUCCUCUUAUCUGGUGUGGCCGUGGUGGAAUGGUUCCUCUGGGUUGUUGGUUUUCCAGUUUACCAUCGGAAUGUUUUUAAUCCACUUAACCCACAAGCCCCUCCUCCAGUGUUACUCUAGCUGCUGACUCUUUGCUUCCUCGGUGUCCCCCCCUCCUCCUCCUCCUGUCUGGCUCUCGCAGGUUCAGGCCCACCCAUAGGAAGGGCUCAGCUUGUACCAAAGCCACAACUGGACCUGAGGGAGGAGGCGGGUCGCGAACUGCGCGUGGUGAUGAACACCAAUGACCCCGACUAUGAGCACAUCUACUCCAUUGAGUCCUACGACGAACCUCUGGAAGAGCUGCUGUACUUCACUCCCUCUGCCAACCAGAGUGAUGGUACUGGGAUCAAUCGUUUCUCACACUAUGACAACAAUCGCAGACUCUUUCCCGAUUGAAGGAACAUAUAAAAUAAUAACAGUAAUAAUGGUACACAUUCUGGAAUAAAUAGGAAGCCCAACAUGUUCUGGGGGUUAACUGGAUCGCCGUCGGUGAUGUGGCUUUCAAAUGAGCUGUUAGUUGUGGGAACAUUUUUUAGUGAACGAAUGCAAUUUGACAGGGACUCGUGUGUAUUUACCUUGUUUCACGUUUUCAGGUGUGACUUUGAAUUUGACUAAAAGUUUUGGUACGCGGCACCAACUGAACACAUCUUUGCCAAUCUAGGCGACAAUUGGCAAAGUCCUCCCACACCUCUUUGGGGAAACGUGACUGAGAGGUUCCACAUGUAGCAGCUGCAGAGCGCUGGCGACAACACAAAAAAUGAGACUAGCAAGAACUUUCCUAGUCGCUCCAGAGCCAGCCAGAGUUCUCCAUCUGCUCAUAGCUCAUGGUGCGACAGGAUAGCUGAACUGUUUCAUGCACCAUUUCCUCUCAGGGUUUCCUGCAGUGCUUUAUAGCCUUGGCAGCAACAGCCCACUGUCUAGAUGAUGUAUGUUGAGGGCAUCACAAAUGGGUUCAGAAAGAUGCUGCCAAUCAGUUUCAGAUUCCGAGAACUUUUUGCUAGGUUGACGCUAACACAGCUAGCGCAUGCAAUGACUGCCAGCAAAAACGAUUGAAUCUGCUACCAUUUCAGGUACGAAGCAGUGCUUGUUUACGCCGUCAGAUAUUAGUUUGUUUUUACAGAAUAAUAUCUAGAUAACUUUUCUGACAUUUAACAAAAAUACAGAAAUCACAAACAAAUUAUCUAGUCUUCUAUUUCCAACUGUAGCUGUUCUGGGUGGCAGGCAGCAGAGAGCCAGUCCUGUCCCAUGACUCUCAUAGACGCUGGAUUAUCACCGUCAGUGUGAUCGAAGGUCGUGCUGGCUCCUAGUACUGCGGUGAAAUGAGUUGGAUGUUGGUUAUUUAAUUGAUCUCCAGCUGCGUUUUCUUCUGCUGCGUCUCAGCAGAGGUCUGUGAUGACGCAGGCUCGCAAUCACUGAAGCGAUGUGGCUUCUAAAUUUAACUGAUACAAGGUGUUCUUUCACCUGGUUAUUGCACACAAACCGCUUUCUGUAUUCGUAGAGUAAUGUUCUUUACAAGAGGUGCGUCUUCUUCUCUCAGAACAUUCUCAAGUCCAUGUAAAAGUCCCGCAUUUCCUACUCACUGCAGCCAAAGUCCUCACACUCUUUGCCCCUUUAAAUGACACAAAUGUCGCUGGUUGAAGAGUCGAUUGUUUUUUGAUUUAAGUACAGUCACACUUUAUGGCUGUGGCUAGAGGGCGCUCAAAGAACUGCACUUUAACUCAGUGAAUAUUCAAAAGUCCACUACAGUCUACUGCUGAAUUUGGUGGGACGAUUCAAAGGUUCUGGCCAAUGAUGUUGGAGGCCACUACCUGCAGGCUGCUGUCCUGAUAUCUAUGAUAUCAAUAUCUCGCUCCAGACAGUUUUUAUCUCGCCAGAAGCAUAGUGAGGCUUCACAAUAACAACCUGCACACUUGAACACGGUUUGCAUAAUAUGAGACCUUUAAAUAUACAGGGAGUUCAUCUCCAAAAUAAGAUGAAAGCCUCAUUUAAGACACAAAAUUGUUCCUUACAGAGCCCACUCACCUCUCCGUCAAGAAUUCUUCCCAACUGCCUGUAAUUAUUUGUCUAAGUGAAGUGCUUGGGGAGUAAAACGUGUCAUAGACAUGGAUUUAUCUGAUGCUGGGUUGUUUGAGUUUAACACAUGAAAACAGGGAUGGCAACUGUCAGGUCAAAUUGUUAGCCUCGCUGAACCUAUUACAAUGUUCCGCAAUGAAAAGUCAGAGUUUGUCUCGGCUCAGGUGGUAGUCUCAACUGCUAGUGAACUCACCUUCACCCUAGUUUGGAUUUCUGAGCUUCACCCUUUUAAUCACACCUGCCUGUGUUGAUGCCCCUGUGAUCCCAGCUGGUCACUUGUCUCUGUGUGCGUGUGCUUUGACAGGUGAAACUGUUGGUGACGUUCCAAAGAAAAGAGACGGUAUUAAACCGGAUCGAUCCACCGGAGGUGAAAUACUGACAGCAGCACAAGUCGGUGGUCAGAAAACAGUUUCACUUAAAAAAGCAGGCAAAUCAAUACGGUCGAAAAGAAGCAUCGCCUUGGAAGGUAAACAAAAAGGUGUGCUCUUUUCACACGUCUUCAGCGCUGGCUGCUUCUCUUCUGCUUUCUCACUCCUUCAAUUUGUGUGAGAUCCGAACAUGGAUACGUGUCCAGUGAGAUCUGCUCAUAACGUGGUCACUCUGUCUCCUCCAUCUCUGCUGUAUUAGAGUCAUAUAAUAAUAACAACACAAUACAGUUUGUAUAUAUAAUUAGGGGUGGGAAUCGACUAAAAAAUGAAUCUAAUUAAUUAGAGAAUUUGUGAUGAAUUAAUCUAAAUUUAUGGCAGUUUAAUGGUAUAAGAAUAUUUGACACAAGAAGCCACAUGAAUUUGGUAUAUGACUGAACCAAAUGAUGGAGCCAUACAGACAUUUCAACAACAGAAUAUUGUUGAUUCUGCAUCAGUCUGACAACAGCACAAUAAAUCACCAUGGUGGCUAUAUUCAAGUCUUUAUAUCACCUGAGUUCAACUGAAGCUCUUUUCGUGUCUUGGGAAUAUUUGUAUCAGAAUCUCAAGUCCAUUCAGAGUGGUGGAAACCCUGGACAUUGUGGAGUGAAAAACCUCCCUGAACCAAAGCUUUUGUUUGCUUUGGUUCAGGGAGGAUUCCUCCAUGUUUGUUGUUGUUGUUCUCAUCCUAGCUGCCACGUGUCUGCUGCAUCAGUGGGAUCAGUGGAGCAGGAACUCCUGCACUGACAAAGGUUCCCUGUUGACUGGAGAGAAAACUGUUUUAUUUAACUGUCUAAAUUAAAUUAAAUUAAAUUUUCACACUUCUUUUUGUUGUAAUGAAUCGUACAGUAAAUGUAUGACUUUCACUUUACAACACGUUCGGAAGUGCAUCAUUGAAGCGGCGCUCUCUCGCCGGCUCAACACUGUUCCUGACACAAACAUGGAGUCACGAACUAGCGCCAGCCAAAAGCACGAACAUGUAAUCACUUCUGGUAUGUCCUCAGGUUUGCAGCGCUCCUUGGUGUGAAGCUAACAGCCCGCGCUUGUCAAACCGCAGCAGAUUUGGAGCAGGAAUAGUAGUGUGAGGCAUGCAGACUGAAGAUACGGUGGUUGGCAGUGAAUGUAGGACAUAGUUAUAGUCAGAUCAGAUCCCACCUAAGGCCUGCUGAGUUCCCUGCGCUUCUGUGCUCACCUGUCAGCCUCAGCUUGAUUCCUGCUCAUAAUGACGGUGUUGUCAAGCUCUCCCAUUAAACUCUGCAGAAGUCUGCCUGCUG